AGAACGUAAACAUGGGGAGGCUGUUCUUGAUUGGCCUACAAGAAAACGUGUGGCAUUAGGAACUGCACAUGGACUUGAGUAUUUACAUGAACAUUGUAAUCCAAAAAUUAUUCAUCGUGACAUAAAAACUGCAAAUAUAUUAUUGGAUGAGGAUAUGGAAGCUGUUGUGGGUGAUUUUGGCUUGACAAAGUGGGUAGAUGUAAGGAUGACUAAUGUGACUACCCAGGUAUGGGGUACAAUAGGACACAUAGCUCCUGAGUACUUGUCUACUGGAAAGGCAUCAGAGAAGACUGAUGUUUUUGGCUACGGAAUCAUGCUUCUUGAGCUUGUAACAGGUCACCAUGUGUUAGACCUAUCUUUCCUUCAAGAUGAUGACGAGAACAUGUUAUUGUUUGAUCAUGUAAAGAAACUCCAAAGUGAGAAGAAGUUACAUGUUAUUGUAGAUGGCAACCUAAAUAAGGACUACAACCUGGAUGAAGUAGAAAUGAUGAUUUGUGUCGCAUUGUUGUGCACGCAAGAAUCACCUGAAGAACGUCCUCCAAUGUCAGUCAUAGUGAGGAUGUUAGAAGGGGAGGGAUUUUCUAAAAGGUGGGAAAAGUGGCAACAUGUUGAUGCCAGCCGUCUAAAUGAAUUUGAGCGGCUGCAGAGACAAUUUAAGUGGAGUGAAGAUUCAACCUACAAGCAGAAGGCUAUUGAGGUGUCAGGUGGAAGAUGACAUUGUUGGUUUUGUGUCUAUUCUUUGUCUAGUAAUAUAUCAGAUAUCAAUGGAUAUAAAUGGUGUGCUAUUAUGUAUUUAACUAUAUAUGGUUUUUCCUAUUCGAUUUUUCAUAGUAAUAAGGUUCUUAACUAUACAACAUGCAUGUACACACACACACACAUAUGGAUGAAUAUUCAAGUGUGUGGAAGUGCUGACAAAUCGUUAGGUUAAACUAAAAUGUGUGAAUUAUUUAUCAUUGUAAUCAAGCCACCUGUAAAAACAUAUAAAUAAAGGCGUGUUGAAUUUUGUAAA